UUAGGUUUGAUAGGUCCCACAACACCGUAGCAUUUCCCGGGGCCCCCCAAUUAUAAAUAUCUUGAGUAGCAGCAACCCUUGCUUUCUCUCUCUUACCUUGCUCUCUCGCUGCAAAACCCUCGUCCAUCAGCCAGCCGUUUGCAGGAUAUAAAUCAGAAGUAAUGGCUGAGAUGAACCAACAACCCUCAGUUAUGCAGAAGGCUGCUGCUGGCCAACUCAGUGGUCUGUCACAGAUCAGUCAGCCUCGUUUUGGAGGGUCCCAAAACUCUGCCUUGGUCCAAAGGCGUUUUGCCUAUGGAAACUACUCUAAUGCUGCGUUCCAGUACCCAGCAACCCAGGAUCUAUCUUUUGUUUCCAACAUGGCUUCACCUGUAGUUGCAUACGCCCCUGCUGAGAAAGGACCUGCUGCUUUCGCUAUUGAUUUUCUCAUGGGAGGAGUUUCAGCUGCUGUCUCAAAGACUGCUGCUGCUCCCAUUGAGCGUGUUAAGCUGUUGAUCCAGAACCAAGAUGAGAUGCUUAAAUCUGGCCGUCUCGCUGAACCCUACAAGGGUAUUGGUGACUGUUUCACCAGGACAAUGAAGGAUGAGGGUAUGAUUUCCUUGUGGAGAGGAAACACUGCCAAUGUCAUCCGUUAUUUCCCUACUCAGGCCUUGAACUUUGCCUUCAAGGACUACUUCAAGAGAAUGUUCAACUUCAAGAAGGACAAGGAUGGUUACUGGAAGUGGUUUGCCGGUAACUUGGCUUCUGGUGGUGCUGCUGGUGCCUCUUCAUUGUUCUUUGUGUACUCUUUGGAUUAUGCCCGUACCCGUCUUGCCAACGACUCAAAGGCUGCCAAGAAGGGAGGAGCAGACAGGCAAUUCAAUGGUCUUGUUGAUGUUUACCGCAAGACAUGGGCAUCAGAUGGUCUUGCUGGUCUAUACCGUGGAUUCAACAUCUCAUGUGUCGGUAUCAUUGUCUACCGUGGAUUGUACUUUGGGUUGUAUGAUUCCGUGAAGCCCGUGCUUUUGACCGGAAAGUUGCAGGAUAGUUUCUUUGCUAGUUUUGCUCUUGGGUGGGUCAUUACCAACGGAGCUGGUCUUGCUUCAUACCCAAUUGAUACCGUCCGAAGAAGAAUGAUGAUGACCUCCGGUGAGGCCGUCAAGUACAAGGGCUCAUUCGACUGCUUCAAGCAGAUUGUCAAGAACGAGGGCCCCAAGUCCCUAUUUAAGGGUGCUGGUGCCAACAUCCUUCGUGCUGUUGCUGGUGCUGGUGUGUUGGCUGGUUACGACAAGCUCCAGGUCCUCGUCUUCGGAAAGAAGUACGGUUCCGGUGGUGCUUAAGUUUUAGAAUGCCCUACAACCUUGGCGGAAGAUGGUGAUGAAAUUUUUUUUGGGGGGAUGGAACAGUCUGGAAUCUAUGGUGGGAAGCUUUCAUAUACUUAAAAGUUUGAUUGAAAUAAUAAUGUAGGGUUUUAAGACUUUUUAGAGGGACUAACCCCACAGUUUUCCCUGAGAAUUCUUGCUCGGAUUAAAGAUUUGUUCUUGGGAGCAUGGUUGCAAUUUGGUGCUCCUUAGAGUUCUUUAAAUUAGUUACAUGAGAUCAAUUUUUGUUAUAUCAGAAUUCAGUACUAUUGUUGCCUUCCAGUGAAUGGAAAUGAAAGGGCACAUUUUUUUUGUUAUUUGUGUGGUUUUAUU